GAGAGAGAGAGAGAGAUCAAAAGACAACUUGUGGGAGUCAACCUAAUGGUACCCAGAGACUCAAACUCAGCAGGUUAGACUCAGUGGCAGUUUCCUUUACCUGCUGAGCCAUCUUGUAGGCUCAAACUCCCCUUUCCUUGGAGAGGGUUUAGAGCUUUUUUGUUGUUGUUUUGUUUUGUUUUUUAAUUGGUCAUUAUUUUCAUGCCUGUGGGAAAAGAGACUUUGUGACGGCUCUUGUAAAUGAACAAUGUUUGCUAGUAAUUAAGUCUUUUAGAGGGAGACACAGAAGAGGACUCUAUUAUUUCCAUGUAUGGAAACAAUAAUAUGUAAGAUAGCUGUCAUAAUUGACAGACCUUUCUGAGAGUGGUGGUCAGUCAUGACACAGCAUGCAUCAGAGAGUUCAGAGCUUAGUGAAGAUUUGUUUUUCUGGAAAACCCAUCACCACAGGCAGCCUUGUGAAGCUUGCUUCCCAGAGCCCUGCCUUGUCUCAAAGAGAAGAGAACAAUGACCAAGUUGCAGGAGGCAGUGACCUUCAGGGACGUGGCUGUGGUCUUCAGUGAGGAGGAGCUGGGGCUGCUGGACGCUGCUCAGAGGAAGCUGUACCACGAUGUGAUGCUGGAGAACUUCAGGAACCUCCUGGCAGUGGGAUGCCAGAGUCUAAAUACGAUGGCGCCUCUUGACACAACAGGAAUAAGGUGCCUUCCAUUGGGGAAGCUUCCAUGUUGGCAAAUGACAAGCCAUGAUGUCAACAAACUAGCCAGAGCUCCAGAAGUUGGAAUAAACACUCCAGGAAAGGGUCCUCACCUCCUGGAGCCGUGCCACUCCUCCUGCCACUGGGGAGCAGAGCAGCCUUCUCAGGCCUCCGAGGAUGAUGGCUGUCUGGAGAAUCUCACAAGCGAUCAUUCCAGCAUUACCGAAAAUCAGGAAUUUCUCUCUGGAAGGGCUCAGAGUUCUUGGAGUAAAGCACACUUUAGUGAGAGAUGGAACCAUGGGAAACACUGUCCUCAGACUCUGGUGAAAACUGAGUCUCAGCUGUUGGCUCUGGGUGUUGACAUUCUGGGUUGCAUUUCCCACCACAAUCACAAUAUACUGCAUAAAAGAGAUAAAGUCCCCAGCAGCGGUGACUGUGAUCAAGUCAUUUUUCCCAUGACACUCCUCACCCAGCAUUGUGCUUAUAGAGAACAGAAGGCCUACCAGUGCAGCAGGGGCCAAGAAGUCUUCAGUGACAGCCCUAGUCUGGAACUUCAUCAACAGACCCUCUUAGGAAAGAAGUCCCCUGUACAUAGUACUCACAAGGACACCAGGCCCAGUGUCCCCAUUCAACCAAGUGUUCAUCUAGGAACAAAGCGUUACUGGUGUCAUGAGUGUGGCAAAGGCUUCAGUCAGAGCUCAGCACUUCAGACUCACCAGAGAGUGCACACAAGAGAGAAGCCCUACAGGUGUGACAGCUGUGGGAAGGGCUUCAGCCGCAGCUCGGAUCUCAACAUCCACCGCCGAGUGCACACUGGAGAGAAACCUUACAAAUGUGAGGUGUGUGGGAAGGGCUUCACACAGUGGGCACACCUCCAGGCCCACAAGAGAAUUCACACAGGAGAGAAGCCAUAUAAGUGUGGAGACUGUGGCAAACGCUUCAGCUGCAGCUCGAACCUCCACACCCACCAGAGAGUCCACACUGAGGAGAAACCAUACAAGUGUGACAAGUGUGGGAAGUGCUUCAGCUUAAGUGGCAACCUAGACAUCCAUCAGCGGGUCCACACAGGAGAGAAGCCAUAUAAAUGUGAAGAGUGUGGGAAGGGUUUCAGUUCAGCCUCAAGCUUCCAAAGCCACCAGAGGGUCCAUACAGGAGACAAGCCAUUUUACUGCAAUGUCUGUGGGAAGAACUUCAGUCGGAGCUCACAUUUUCUAGAUCACCAAAGAAUUCACACUGGGGAAAAACCAUAUAGAUGUGAAGUGUGUGGGAAGCGCUUCCCCUGGAGCUUGAGCCUUCAUAGUCACCGGAGUGUGCACACAGGAGAGAAACCGUAUAAAUGUGAGGAGUGUGGGAAAGGCUUCAGUCAUGCCUCAAGUCUGCAGGCUCACCACAGUGUCCACACCGGUGAAAAACCAUUCAAAUGCAAUGUUUGCCAGAAGCAGUUCAGCAAGACCUCAAACCUCCAGGCCCACCAGAGGGUUCACACAGGGGAGAAGCCCUACAGAUGCGACAGCUGUGGGAAAGCCUUCAGCCAGAAGUCCAGUCUCCAAGUCCAUCAGAGAAUUCACACUGGGGAGAAGCCAUUCAAGUGUGAGGAGUGUGGGAAGGAAUUCAGAUGGAGCGUGGGGCUUAGUUCUCACCAGAGGGUCCACACAGCAGAGAAACCCUACAUGUGUCAGCAGUGUGGGAAAGGUUUCAGUCAGGCCUCAUAUUUCCAUAUGCACCAGAGGGUCCACACUAUAUAGAGACCUUAAAUUGGCCACAUUUGCUGUAAGGGCUAUAGUCAGAGACCACAUCUUGUCUUCCACCAGAGAAUCCACACUGCAUGGAAUCUUUAGUUUCUGCUGUCAGGUGGGCUCUUGGCUGAUGAUUGUUAAAAGUAUCCCCAACACUCAGAGGCUUCAGGAGACUUCAUAGGAGCUUUAUUUUGGUAUUUUUGCCCUCAACUUAUUCUCCUACUGUACUCAUUAUGCAAAGGGAAGAGAGUAUUUUAGAAUGGAUCUUCUUAGCAUAUAAAUAAAAGAAUUAAA